AGGAGGAGGAGGAGUGGGGGGAGGCGGUGUGCGGUGCACGCCGCGCUCCCAGCACAAAAGCGCAGCGAAAGAAACUCUUGGAAAGCGCGGAGCGAGCGGCGGGGCCGGGCGGAGCGGGUCGGGCUCUUCCUCUCCACUGGAUACAUUUUGCAACUGCGAAGGAAUUAAAUCCGAUUUUUCAGGAUUUAUUAUUAUUUUUUUUUCCCUCCUCGUUUAUUUUUCUUUUUUCUUUAUUUUUUUUUUCUUUGUAUAUAUAUAUAUAUAUUUUUUUUUUUUUUCCUCGAGAAGGAGCACCGCGUCGCUUCCCUCCUCCUUUCCCCUCUGCUUCCAGCUCUUUAUUUUGAAUACGUUUUACGUUUCCCCUUGGGAAACAGGGGCACGCGAGGAGAGAGAGAAACAAACAAACAAACAAACAAAAACCAAAACGCAAAACCACACCGUGUGAAGGAAUAUGAGCGCUUCGUGGCUGACUUUGGCCGUGCUCUGUGCAACUUUGGGCGCAGGACCAGGUCACGGGGAGGCAGAGACGAGGGAAUGUAUUUACUACAACGCCAACUGGGAGCUGGAGAAGACCAACCAGAGCGGCGUGGAGCGCUGCGAGGGGGAGAAGGACAAGCGGCUCCACUGCUAUGCCUCCUGGAGAAACAACUCGGGAUCCAUCGAGCUGGUGAAGAAAGGCUGCUGGUUAGAUGACUUCAACUGUUACGACAGGCAGGAGUGCGUAGCUACAGAAGAAAACCCUCAAGUGUUUUUCUGCUGCUGCGAGGGCAACUACUGCAAUGAGAAAUUUACCCACUUGCCUGAAGUAACCGGCCCAGAAGUCAUAUAUGAGCCACCACCACCAACGCCCUCCCUGCUUAACAUCCUGGUGUACUCUCUGCUGCCCAUUGCUGUCCUGUCAGUGGCCAUCCUCUUGGCCUUCUGGAUGUAUCGGCACCGCAAGCCUCCCUACGGGCACGUUGACAUCAAUGAGGACCCCGGCCCACCACCUCCUUCUCCCCUGGUUGGCCUAAAACCUCUACAGCUCCUGGAGAUCAAAGCCAGGGGACGCUUCGGCUGCGUGUGGAAGGCUCAGCUGAUGAAUGACUACGUAGCAGUGAAAAUCUUCCCAAUUCAGGAUAAGCAAUCUUGGCAGAGUGAGAGGGAGAUUUUCAAUACUCCUGGCAUGAAGCAUGAAAACCUUUUGCAAUUUAUCGCAGCAGAGAAAAGAGGGACAAACCUAGAGACAGAGCUCUGGCUGAUCACAGCGUUCCAUGACAAGGGCUCUCUCACGGAUUAUCUGAAGGGCAAUAUCAUCAGCUGGAACGAGCUCUGCCAUGUUGCAGAAACCAUGGCCCGUGGCUUGUCUUAUCUCCAUGAGGACGUCCCGUGGUGCAAGGGUGAAGGACACAAACCUGCUAUAGCACACAGGGACUUCAAGAGUAAAAACGUCUUGCUGAAGAACGACUUAACGGCAGUGCUAGCUGAUUUUGGCCUUGCUGUACGGUUUGAACCUGGAAAACCUCCAGGGGACACUCAUGGACAGGUGGGAACAAGGAGGUAUAUGGCUCCUGAAGUGUUAGAGGGAGCAAUCAACUUCCAACGGGACGCUUUCCUGAGAAUAGACAUGUAUGCAAUGGGACUGGUAUUAUGGGAGUUAGUCUCCAGAUGUAGAGCAGUUGAUGGUCCAGUGGAUGAAUACAUGCUGCCUUUUGAAGAAGAAAUAGGUCAGCACCCAUCCCUCGAGGACCUGCAAGAAGUGGUCGUUCACAAGAAGAUGCGCCCCAUCUUCAAGGAUCAUUGGCUGAAACACCCUGGCUUGGCGCAGCUCUGCGUGACCAUCGAAGAGUGCUGGGACCACGACGCAGAGGCUCGGCUCUCGGCAGGCUGCGUCGAGGAGCGCAUUGCUCAGAUCCGCAAAUCCGUCAACGGCACUACCUCGGACUGCCUCGUCUCCAUCGUGACGUCCGUCACCAACGUGGACUUGCCGCCCAAAGAGUCCAGUAUCUAAGUCCUGGUUCGCUUUUGUCUUUCCAGACUCAGUGGAUUUGAAAAAAGUUUAAAAAAAAAAAAAAAAAAAAAGAAAACACACGAAGAAAGAAAAAAAAAAUACCAUAAAAA